AUGCCUCCAUGCCACCGUCAAGUCGAAAUCGACAUACAGCUCGAUAGUUUGCCCGAAAAGGUACAUAGCGGCGUUUUGGGCGACAACAGCGCUGCGACCGCGAAGUGGCGGUGGACAUGCUCCCAUGUUGCCGACGCGGCGCCGGAGUGGCCGGCGCUGCUCGCCACGACCACGACGGCUACUCUGAUGCUCCGGGCCGACCCGUCCUACCCGACGGUGGCACUCUUCCACGUCUCGCUCACGCUGAGAAAAAUUCUGAAACGGCGUGCAGCAGAGUCGCCGACGAGUCGGUCCGCGUGCUUCCUCCUCCUGGAGAGCAUGCGCGAGUGA